AUGCAGUUCCAGGGCUGCUUGAUGGUAAUUAACUCGGAGGCUGUGCUGUGGCUGUCCUUGAUCCUAUCCGAUCUCACUCAAGUUCUGGAGUUGCGAAGCCUCAACAGCGGAUGCGACCGAAAUUGCGGCCAUGGAUGGCUUUCAGUUCAGGCUGGCUUGGCUGGGCCAGUGCCACGCUUCGACAGUGCCUCAGCCUCCGGCCUCAUCAAACAAACCAUGGAAAAAACCAUGUCACUUUAUGAUUCCUUGUUCCAUGUCCCUUCAGAGCCGCUGUCCGGUAACGAAGCAGCGAUGAUGCUAUUAACAACCUGGGAUGGUUCUGACCGGACUGGCCACCUCGGUUCACAGGACAGCCAAGGUCAGCCUCAUUUGUGGACUUUCGCACCAUCAAGCUUAUAA